AUGCCGCCUGGUCCUUCCAACCCACAAAAGCGGCAAGCUUUAUCUCUCGAGGCAAAGCAGAGCAUCAUAAAAGAUGUUGCAAGUGGAAUGAAGAAGGUUUCCGUCGCCCAGAAGUACGGCAUCGCCGACACAACAGUGUCGGCGAUUUGGAAAAACAGAGAGAAGGUGCAACAGCAGCUUCAAGGGGAUGCUGGAUCACUCGCAAGAAAGCGGAUUCGUGUUUCAAAAUAUGAAGACGUGGACGCCGCUUUGUACAAGUGGUUUUGCGAGGUGGGAGCCCAAAAUGUGCCUGUGAGCGGUCCGAUGCUGCAAGCGAAAGCCAGGUCAUUUGCCACCUUACUGGGAAUCGAUGGCUUCAACCCGUUAAACGGGUGGAUUCAGCGCUUUAAGGACCGACACGGAAUCAGCUGUCGUGUUAUCUCCGGGGAGAGUGCAGCAGUCGAUGACUCGGCUGUUCAGGCGUGGCUCAAUGUAAACAUGGAGACCAUGCUGUCUAAGUACGCCGAGAGGGACAUAUACAUUGCGGACGAGGCUGGUGUAUUUUAUAAUCUCCUUCCAAACCGAACUCUCACACUGCCCCACGAGCGUUGCUCCGGUAGAAAGGCUUCGAAGGUGCGUUUUACCGUUCUCUUCUGCGCCAAUAUGGAUGGCAGCGACAAGAAGCGCUUGUUUGUGAUUGGGAGGUCGGCGCGGCCGCGCUGCUUCAAAAAAAGGGAGUGCCUUCCAGUCACAUACAAAGCAAACAGCAAGUCUUGGAUGACACGGGAGCUGUUUGCGAACUGGCUUCAAAAAUUUGAUGAAGACAUGAUGUCAGAAAAGCGGCAAGUCGUCUUGGUCCUUGACAACUGCAGUGCUCAUCAUGUAAAUUUGAAGCUGAAGGCGGUAAGCCUCAAAUUCUUGCCCGCAAAUACGACUGCCAAGAGACAGCCAAUGGACCAAGGCGUGAUUGCGCCAGUGAAGGCGCAUUAUAAAAGGCGCAUAUGCGAGAGGCUGCUGAUAAACAUUCAGCGAGAUCAACCAAUGAAGGUUCAUCUGCGUAACGCCAUUGACAUGGUCACGGCAUCUUGGUGGCAGAUAAAACCAUCGACCAUCGCCAAGUGUUUCGCUAAGGCUGGGUUCGUUCGCAACACCGCAGCAGGCGAUCGGGAUACAACGAACGAUGAUGACGACGAAGCCGUCGAUGUGGAUGAUGUGUGGUCGGACCUAAUGAGAAACAACAUUGUUGGUCAGGACGACACCUUCGAAGGCUUCGUGAACGACGACUGUGACGACAUUGUCUGCGAACAAGCAGACACGGACGAGGCAAUCGUGGCAGCUGUGCAGGAUCGCGGUGACGAGGUAUCGGACGACGAUACCGAUGAGGAGGACCGCACACCAGAACUUUCAUCCAGGGAUGCUCUGGAUUAUGUCAGUAAGCUUAAGUUGUUCUGCGUGCAGAACUUGAGCGAGAAAGCUCUCCAGCAUAUCAUCGCCGUUGAAGACGAAAUGGUGCACAAUGCAGUGAAGGCUCGGCGCCAGACAAAGAUCACCGCAUUUUUCCAUUGA